CCGUCGGUCCCCGUCGGGGCUCCGUGGGUCCCCGACUCGCCCCCGGCUGGGCCAUGGCGGGCGCCAGGCCCGGCGUCCACGCGCUGCAGCUGGAGCCGCCCACCGUGGUAGAGACCCUGCGGCGCGGGAGUAAGUUCAUCAAAUGGGACGAGGAGGCCUCCAGUCGCAACCUGGUCACCCUGCGUGUGGACUCCAAUGGCUUCUUUCUGUACUGGACAGGACCCAACAUGGAGGUGGACACCCUAGACAUCAGUUCCAUCAGGGACACGCGAACGGGGCGUUACGCCCGCCUGCCCAAGGACCCCAAGAUCCGGGAGGUGCUGGGUUUUGGAGGCCCCGACACCCGGCUGGAGGAGAAGUUGAUGACAGUGGUGGCCGGGCCAGACCCCGUGAAUACAACGUUCUUGAACUUCAUGGCCGUGCAGGAUGACACAGCCAAGGUCUGGACCGAGGAGCUGUUCAAGCUGGCUAUGAACAUCCUGGCUCAGAAUGCCUCCCGGAACACCUUUCUGAGAAAAGCAUACACAAAGCUGAAGCUGCAGGUGAACCAGGAUGGACGGAUCCCGGUGAAGAACAUCCUGAAGAUGUUCUCAGCAGAUAAGAAGCGCGUAGAGACGGCGCUGGAAUCCUGUGGCCUCAAUUUCAACCGGAGUGAGUCCAUCCGGCCCGACGAGUUUUCCUUGGAAAUCUUUGAGCGGUUCUUGAAUAAGCUGUGUCUGCGGCCAGACAUCGACAAGAUCCUGCUGGAGAUAGGCGCCAAGGGCAAGCCAUACCUGACGCUGGAGCAGCUCAUGGACUUCAUCAACCAGAAGCAACGGGACCCGAGGCUCAAUGAGGUGCUGUACCCGCCUCUGCGGCCCUCCCAGGCCCGGCUGCUCAUCGAGAAGUAUGAGCCCAACCAGCAGUUCCUGGAACGAGACCAGAUGUCCAUGGAGGGGUUCAGCCGCUACCUGGGCGGCGAGGAAAACGGGAUCCUGCCCUUGGAGGCCCUGGAUCUGAGCGCAGACAUGACCCAGCCGCUCAGCGCCUACUUCAUCAACUCCUCACAUAACACCUAUCUCACAGCGGGGCAGCUGGCCGGGACGUCGUCGGUGGAGAUGUACCGGCAGGCGCUGCUCUGGGGCUGCCGCUGCGUGGAGCUGGAUGUGUGGAAGGGGCGGCCCCCCGAGGAGGAGCCCUUCAUCACCCACGGCUUCACCAUGACCACCGAGGUGCCGCUGCGAGACGUGCUCGAGGCCAUCGCGGAAACCGCCUUCAAGACCUCGCCCUACCCUGUCAUCCUCUCCUUCGAGAACCACGUGGACUCGGCAAAACAGCAGGCCAAGAUGGCUGAGUACUGCCGGUCCAUCUUUGGGGACGCGCUGCUCAUCGACCCGCUGGACAAGUACCCGCUGGCCCCAGGCGUCCCCCUGCCCAGCCCCCAGGAGCUGAUGGGCCGCAUCCUGGUGAAGAACAAGAAGCGACACCAGCCCAGUACCGGCGUCCCCAACAGCUCCAUUCGCAAGCGGCCGCUGGAGCAGAGCAACUCGGCCCUAAGCGAGAGCUCGGCCGCCACCGAGCCCUCCUCACCGCAGCUCGGGUCCCCCAGCUCUGACAGCUGCCUAGGCCUGAGCAAUGGGGAAGAGAUGGGCCUUGAGAAGCCCAGCCUGGAGCCUCGGAAGUCUCUGGGCGAGGAGGGGCUGCAGCGGAGCCCUGAUGCUCUUGGGUCUGCUGACCGUGAGGAUGAGGAGGAAGAGGAGGAAGAGGAGGAACAAGCAGAUCCCAAAAAGCCGACCACAGAUGAGGGCACUGCCAGCAGUGAGGUCAAUGCCACCGAGGAGAUGUCAACACUCGUCAACUACAUCGAGCCUGUCAAGUUCAAGUCCUUUGAGGCUGCUCGAAAGAGGAACAAAUGCUUCGAGAUGUCAUCCUUUGUGGAAACCAAGGCCAUGGAGCAACUGACCAAGAGCCCCAUGGAGUUUGUGGAAUACAAUAAACAGCAGCUCAGCCGCAUCUACCCCAAGGGCACCCGUGUCGACUCCUCCAACUACAUGCCCCAGCUCUUCUGGAACGUGGGCUGCCAGCUUGUGGCCCUCAACUUUCAGACCCUGGACGUGGCGAUGCAGCUCAACGCGGGUGUGUUCGAGUACAACGGGCGCAGCGGCUACCUGCUCAAGCCCGAGUUCAUGCGGCGGCCGGACAAGUCCUUCGACCCCUUCACUGAAGUCAUCGUGGACGGCAUUGUGGCCAAUGCCUUGCGGGUCAAGGUGAUCUCGGGGCAGUUCCUGUCCGACAGGAAGGUGGGCAUCUACGUGGAAGUGGACAUGUUUGGCCUCCCUGUUGACACACGACGCAGGUACCGCACGCGGACCUCUCAAGGGAACUCAUUCAAUCCUGUGUGGGAUGAGGAGCCCUUUGACUUCCCCAAGGUGGUGCUCCCCACACUGGCUUCGCUGCGUGUCGCGGCCUUUGAGGAAGGUGGCAAGUUUGUGGGGCAUCGGAUUCUGCCCGUCUCUGCCAUCCGCUCAGGGUACCACUACAUCUGCCUGCGGAAUGAGGCCAACCAGCCGCUCUGCCUGCCGGCCCUGCUCAUCUACACUGAAGCCUCCGACUAUAUUCCUGAUGACCACCAGGACUAUGCAGAGGCCCUGAUCAACCCCAUCAAGCAUGUGAGCCUGAUGGACCAGAGGGCCAAGCAGUUGGCUGCCCUCAUCGGGGAGAGCGAGGCUCAGGCUGGCCCAGAAACUUGCCAGGAGACCCCAUCUCAGCAGCCGGGGGCCCAGGUGACCCCGAGCCCCACGCCCAGCACCCUGGACAUCUCCCCGCGCCGCCCCCCUGGCCCCCCCGUGUCCCCUACCAGCCCCUCCCUCGGCAGCCCAGGGCAGCGGGACGACCUCAUUGCCAGCCUCCUCUCAGAGGUGGCCCCCACCCCACUGGACGAGCACCGAGGCCACAAGGCCCUGGUGAAGCUGCGCAGCCGGCAGGAGCGAGAGCUUCGGGAGCUGCGCAAGAAGCAGCAGCGGAAGGCGGUCGCCCUCACCCGCCGGUUACUUGACAGCUUGGCCCAGGCCCGGGCGGAGCGCGGGAGCCGCCAGCGGCCAGGUGUCCUAGGCGCGGAGGAUGAGAAGGCGGAGGAGGAAGAGGUGAGGCGGUAUCAAGAGUUCCAGAAGAGGCAGGUGCAGAGUCUGCUGGAACUGAGGGAGGCCCAGGUGGACGCAGAGGCCGAGCGGAGGCUGGAGCACCUGAGACAGGCACAGCAGCGGCUCAGGGAGAUCGUCUUGGAGGCUCACACGACUCAGUUCAAGAGGCUGAAGGAGACGAACGAGAGGGAGAAGAAGGAACUGCAGAAGAUUCUGGACAGGAAGCGCCACAACAGUAUCUCAGAAGCCAAGACAAGGGAGAAACAUAAGAAGGAGGCCGAAUUGACAGAGAUUAACCGUCGGCACAUCACUGAGUCGGUCAACUCCAUCCGUCGGCUGGAGGAGGCUCAGAAGCAGCGUCACGAACGCCUUGUGGCCGGCCAGCAGCAGGUGCUGCAGCAACUGGCAGAAGAGGAGCCCAAGCUGCUGGCCCAGCUGGCCCAGGAGUGUCAGGAGCAGCGGGCAAGGCUGCCCCAGGAGACCCGCCGGAGCCUGCUGGGGGAGGCGCCCGAGGGGCUGGGGGACAGGCAUCUGGUGGCCUGUGCCAGCAACGGUCAUGCACCUGGGAGCAGCGGGCACCUGUCUGGCGCCGACUCGGAGAGCCAAGAGGAGAACACGAAGCUCUGAACUGGCUGAGCGCGAGAUGAGGAAACUGAGGCCCAGAGCAGAAGUCAUGUGUCCGGGCCACUGCUAAGUCAAGAUGUCCUGACCAGGAGGCAGGGCGGGCCUGGACCUUCUGUGGCAGACUGUCUUCCGGCCAGCAUGGAGGACCUGUUGCAGGCUUCUCCCUCCUGCCUCCGGACAGUGGACUGCGCGGAGCGGCGGAGACCCCAAAGUGAGGACUCGGCUAGGCUCUGCGGCAGGGUCAGGCUGGCACUUCAAGGCCUCUCCCAGCUUCCUGGCUUCCUGGGCUGGCUGCCUCCCUCCUCCAGAGGAAGGCAGCCUCUUAUCUGGGCUUAUCUCCUGCCAAUUGAGUGUUUUCUUUCUUUGUUUUUGCUGCAGCCUCAGGCAAACAGGGUGGGGAGGCAACAGGGAAAAGGCUUCGGGAGCAGGCCCUUCCCAGGGCUGGGGACCUCUCCCCCUUGCCCUGCUCCCUCAGGGUUAAUACCGAUGCCGGACCUUCCCUGCUUCUGUGGUCAGGACUUGUCCUGUCCCCAAACUGGCCUUCUCUAUUCCCUGACCAAGUCCUGUCUUCCCGAUUUGGCUCACGAGUACCUUACAGAAACACUCCAUGUUAGUCCCCGGGCCCUCAAAGACCAAGCUAAACUCCAGACUCCUGGGUAUGACGUUCCAGACCCCCAGAAUCCUGGCCUCUGCUGCUCCCCCAUCCUUUCAUGGGUCCAUUCUUUCCUCUGCUGGGAAUGACAGUUCCCUUCCCCAUGUCUCUCUUUAAGUCAGUCUCAGCUCUAACUCACCUCCGCCCUGAAGCCCUUCCGGGCUUUCCCUUGUCGGAGGGACCCACCCUCACCCUGGUACCAGUCCCUGCACUCAGCUGGUGGUAACUCCGCUCUGAGAGGCUGGCUCACCCCUGCCAGGAAGCUUCUGCAGGCAGGGCUGUGGCCUAAUUCAUUUCUGUAUACCCAUUACAAAGCGCUGGCUGGUCUAUAGGGGGCGCCAAUAAAUCUUUCUGGACUUGA